AUGGUCCAACUCGCCCAUAUCUUCAAAAAGGACAAGGAUAAGGAGAAAGAGUCAACUACUUCCAAUCCAUCCAACCCCCCAAGUGCCGGUUCAUCUCCUCGACCGUCUUUGUCCAAAUCACCUUCUAAAUCUCGUCCCGCCAAAUCUUCCGCUAAAUCUUCCCCCUCCAAAUCCCCCUCCAAGUCUCCCACCAAAUCUUCUUCCAAAUCUCCCACCAAGAAUCGAUUCUCUCACAGUCGGACUUCUUCCAACCCGACUCUCCCUCCUUUUAAAUUCGGUACCCGGUCUUCGAAAGACCAGGAUUCUCAUCCGCUUAAUCUUCCCCCAGACGAACUACAUCGCCGUCUGUCCGCAAUGGCGGCUCGAGAUGACCAACGGAGCUCCAUGGAUAUCGAUCCUCAGGAACAGAAGAAUGCUGUGAACGGUCAAGAGCGUAGUCCUACUCCUCCUCCGCAUCGUUCUAACUCCGAUGCUGGUGAGGCUGACUCGUUCAAGCUGGCUGGUAACAAAUUUUUCAAAGAUGGCAACUAUGCUCGUGCCAUUGAAGAAUAUAACAAGGCCAUCGAAAUUAAUCCUAAUUCCUCCGCCUACCUGUCCAACAGGGCGGCCGCACACAUGUCUGCCAGACAAUACAUUAACGCCCUCGAGGAUAUUGAGCGAGCCAACGAACUCGAUGCGGGCAAUGCGAAGAUCAUGCACCGAUGGGCCAAGAUCCUGACAAGCUUGGGUCGCCCCGCCGAGGCCCUCGAUGUCCUGUCCCGAGUUCAGCCAGCCGCGACCGCGACCGACCGGGCCCCUGCCGAGAAGAUGCUGAAGUUUGUCCGUCAAGCCGAGGAGAGUUUGGCCGAGGACCGCGGUGGUUCCAUGGCUGGUUUCUGCUUGGACCAGGCUCGUCAGGGUCUCGGACUGGGCGUGAAGGAGCCUCGCAAGUGGACCCUGCUGACAGCCGAGUCGCAGUUGAAGAUGAACAACAGCAACUCGCUAGGCAAGGCUCAGGAUCUUGCGAUCAGCAUGCUGCGUGAGAAUAGCCAGGAUCCUGAUGCGAUGAUGAUUCGUGCGCGCGCUUACUAUGCCUCCGGUGAGACCGAGCAGGCUCUGAAGCUGCUGAAGAUGUGUCUUGGGCUGGACCCGGAUAUGAAGCAGGCUAUUAAGCUUCUGCGUAUUGUGCAGAAGCUUAGCCGCACAAAGGAGGAGGGUAAUACCGCCUUCAAGGCUAAGGAUUAUCGCCGUGCUAUUGAUCUCUGGGGUCAGGCUUUGGAGGUUGAUCCUAACAACAAGGAUAUGAACUCGAAGAUCUUGCAAAACCGUGCCCAGGCUUAUAUUAACCUGAAGGAAUAUGAUUCCGCUAUUCAGGACUGCACUGAGGCCUUGCGUUUGGAUCCCGACUACCUGAAGGCUCUGAAGGUUCGUGCUAAGGCCUACGGUGGUGCUGAUAAGUGGGAAGAGGCUUCUCGUGACUACAAGAGCGUUGCCGAGAAGAACCCCUCCGAGAAGGGUAUCCAGGAGGACAUCCGCCGUGCUGAGUUUGAAUUGAAGAAGGCCCAGCGCAAGGAUUACUACAAGAUCUUAGGAGUCGGCAAGGAUGCCAGCGAAAUUGAGAUCAAGAAGGCCUACCGCAAGUUGGCCAUCCAGUACCACCCUGACAAGAACCGUGAUGGUGAGCAAGGUGAUGAGAAGUUCAAGGAGAUUGGUGAGGCGUAUGAGACUCUCAUGGACUCUCAGAAGCGCGCUGCCUACGAUAACGGUGAUGACUUGAUGGACCCCUCUGACAUGUUCGGUGGCGGUGGCUUCGGUGGUGGUGGCUUCGGCGGCAUGGGUGGAAUGGGAGGCAUGGGCGGUAUGGGUGGUAUGGGCGGCAUGAACGGCAGCCAUAUCAACAUUGACCCUAACAUCCUCUUCAACAUGAUGAACGGAGGAGGUGGUGGUGGCUUUGCCUCUGCCGGCGGUCACUCCUUCGGAGGCCAGUCUCGCGGUGGCGCCGGUGGCUUCCCUGGAGGCUUCCCCUUCUAA